CGGGCCCCUCCUUCCGCCACCGCGUUAUCGCCGAUUCUGUUUUAAUGGGUCCUUCCGCGUGCGCGCCUCACGAUCCCCACCAACUUGGCGUUCCAUUGCCAUAACACGGCGGCGGCGGUGGCCACACGCGCUCGGUGACGUUCACAACACGUUUCUGGCCGGAAUGGCGCAAUAAAAGCAAACGGGCGACGAAAAAGGGAGAUCCCGCGAGUCAGCGGCAGCGGCGUGUGCGCGCGCGGUAACCUCCACCGCAUCGGCUUGGCGUUUGGGUGAAUGGGGGGUUCAGAGGAGGGGUACGGAGGGAAGAAGUCGCGAGCGCUCGCGGGGCCCGAGUCACAUGGUCCGUUCGUGUGUGUGUGCCAGUGACGAUCUGAUUGUCCCGUCGUUAAGUCGUCAUAAGCACUUUAUGAAAAUAAUAUUAUCUCAUUCGGUAACGAUAACUCCACGACGCUUAAACUUAACUCGUCAACUUUACUUUGGCCGUGUUUACGAUAUUUUUAUUUUCUAUUAUAAAGUCGUAUAAUUUAUAUUUUAUUUGGUUUUUAUUUAUUUUAUCGCAUCGUCAACUAGUUUUUACUACGUCGUCGUCUUGCCGCACAUUUACUACGCUCGUAAAAUCGCGCGCGUUUUACGACCCGUCCCGGAAACGCCGGAGAGAUGACCUUUUUUACGACUUAUUAAACGGUCUUCUGUUUACACUUACCGAAGUCACUAAGUAGAAGAUAAUUUGUCGUUUUCAACAAAUAUGUAUCGCAGUGCUACAAUUUAAUACAACAAAAUUGUAUGUGAAAUUAAUCAUAAAAAAAAUACUUGGAAAACAGAUUUUUCAAUUACGAUCGAGUAAAAAAAAUUUUUAGUCGACAGAAGUAAAGUAGUAAAAAAAUAUGAAUUCAUAUUUUGAACAAAGCGGUUUCUACGGUGGACACCACCACCAUCAAUCGUCCGCUGGACAUCACCACGACCAGAAUACGGUGGCGGCUGCUUAUAGGUUUCCAAUUGGCUUGGGAAUGUCACCUUAUGCGUCUUCGCAGCAUCAUCACCACCACGGUCUUUCGCAGACAAGAGCUCCACAGGAUAGCCCUUACGACGCUUCCGUGGCCGCGGCCGCCUGUAAACUCUACGGGACCGGCAGCGGUGGUGGAGGUGGCGGCGGUGGCGGAGCAUCGGACCAGGCGGCCGCUUCGGCUGGACUCAACUAUACUAAAACUGAACCUUGUGUAAAAAGUGAUUCGUCGGCAACACAUCAAAAUGGAUAUUCAUCGUCGCCUAAAGACGUAGUGUGGCCGGGAAAUCCCGUGUCCGCAGCUAACGGUUCGUUGUUAAGACCAAACGUAUGUACCCCCGAAUCCCGUGUUGGAUACGGUUCUGGGAACAGCGUGAGUGGCCUGGACGGUGGUGCAGGCACUAGUCCUAAUUCAGCUCGAAACUCAGUAGGAUCAUUGUCGGCUUCCUGGAACAGUUGCGCCGGUAUCAACAACAACGGCCACCAGCAACAGGCGCUUCAGCUCAAUCAACAACAGAAUAAUCACACGUUCUACCCUUGGAUGGCCAUUGCAGGUCAGUCAAUAGGUGCAAAUGGGCUUAGACGUCGCGGUCGACAGACAUACACUAGGUACCAGACUUUGGAACUGGAGAAAGAGUUCCAUACCAACCAUUACCUGACACGCCGGCGACGGAUAGAGAUGGCUCACGCACUGUGUUUGACAGAGCGACAGAUAAAGAUAUGGUUCCAAAAUAGAAGGAUGAAACUGAAAAAAGAGAUUCAAGCCAUCAAAGAACUCAAUGAACAAGAAAAACAAGCGCAAGCGCAAAAGGCAGCAGUCCUAGCUGCCGCUCAGGCCGCCGGUGAACGCUAAACACCCUCUACCCACCCAAGCCACCCUUUAAGUGUGCAUUAUCAACACAAUUUUUAUUAUUAUCGCCAAUGAAUAAUAAUAUGAAUUUUCCUUAUCGUUUUUUUAACUUCUCGUCGCCAUAUUGUAAUGUUUUUCGAGAAACUGUUUUUAAUUUUGUACAUACCUAUAGUAUAUAUAUAUUUUUGCUCCAACUCUGUCGCGUCGUCAUAUA